AUGAAGUUCCUGUGUUUGCACGGUGCGAGCACCAACACUGAGAUCCUCGAGAUCCAAACAGGUGGCUUGAGACAAAAGCUUUCAGAAAAGGGACAUACCUUCAAAUUCAUGAACGGCAAAUUCGUGGCGCCAGUUGAGGGGGAGCUUGAAGGCGUAGUUGACGGCCCUUUCUUUAACCACUAUGAUCGCGACACAACCCCCGGCUCAACAGUAGCCCAGGCUAUCGAGCACACCCAAAACAUAAUCGCCAAGGAAGGACCCUUCGACGCGGUCCUAGGCUUCUCGCAAGGCGCCGCUUUGGCCGCUGCAAUGAUUAUCCAGCACGCAAAGGCGAACCCCGGUGCCCCGCCCCUCUUCCGUGCGGCUGUCUUCUUGUGCGGAGGUGCGCCUUGGGAGCAAUCUGGUUUGAUGCAGUUCAAGUCUGCGCCGGAUUUCCACCCGAUUAAUAUUCCAACGGCAAACGUGGUGGGCAAGCUGGACCCGCUCUAUGAGAGUGGAAUGGAGCUUUAUAAGCUUUGUGAGCCGUCUAAGGCUGGAUUUUAUGAUCAUGGGAUGAAGCAUAUGGUUCCGUUUGAUGCUGUGAACACUGAUGCUAUGAUUCGCGUUAUUGAGGAGGCUGUUGCGAAGGCUGUGGGGUAUUAG